AUGAAUCUGGCCCAGCUAUCCCAAUAUGUUACGCAGCAAGUAGAGGACCACAAGGAACAACUCCCUCACAUCACACUACAAAUAUGUAACUCGUUUAUUGAACAAAUGAUAAAAACACUCAAAAGUUGCCAUCUAGUAAAAAACUUGUCCAGGUCCACUGUCCGAAAGACUUUGUACACGGCCAAACUUCCCUGGUCAUCGCAUGAGCAUAAUAUUAUUGACUUGUGUUUUCCAGCACAUAUAGGACCGUUGGGUGUAGAUUCUUUUGUUCCUUGGCGUGUUCAUGACCAAACUAUUUCGAAUGAAUGUGCAUCCAAAUUGUCCAUGUUGCGUAUUAUGCCUGCUGCAGCGGAGCCAGUGGUGAUGCCAGUGAAAAGCUACAAUAGUUUGACAUCACUUGCCUCAUCUCCAGUAGCUGCAUCUCCUGCAUACGCAUAUGCCAAACCAUCUGAUUGCUUCAAAGAAACUCGCGAGCAUUUAAAAACGGAUACUUUUGAUGUACUACACAUUCGCAUUAUAAUACAGUCCAAGAAAGAUUACAACUUCCUUCAAGAGAAAUAUGAGGCUCAGCAUGAUCUGUUUCUUGUUGGAUUUGCAGGAUUAUUGAAUCAUUGGAUUCAGAAUGAAUCUAUAGAUUGGGAAAGUCCUUUUAAUGCAACCAAGCUCUCCAGCCAGCAGCAUUACAAGAUACUCCCCGAAAAUGUCAAAAUAUCUGUUUCUGAAACUCCCACAACUACGAGAUUGGAACAUGAUGAUGAGUUGAAAACACUGAAAAUGUGGAGGCAAACAAAACAUACAGUACAGUCGUCAGAUCUAAACAUAUUGAUUGUGCAUGACCAACUAGCACAAAGCAUCAGCAAUAAUGAAUCUGACAUCAACCAAAACAAGCCUGAUACACUUUUUUCUACCAUUCAAUCCUUUUAUUCAUGUAUUUUACAUUUUGUGCAACCACGUUUAUAUCCUCGACCCAUUUUAAGCAACCAUGACAUGGCUCAGCAAUUUAAACUAUUGGAUUCGGAUACGGGUUGUGAGCUACACGACUCGGUUGUGAACAUGGUUGACGAACUACAGUACAUUACAAGUAUGGAUUCGAUGAAUCUGGAUCAUCGUAUCAUGUAUCUGUGGGGAUCAGAUGAUGCUGGUCGCGCUUUUGUGAUUCAUCAUGCAUGCCAGCUUGCAGGUGUUGUUGUACUCCAAUCUCCUAUAUUGCUUGCCAAAAUUCACUCUGAAAUUUGUUUACAGAUUAUCAAAGUAGCUAAUCAGGUUUGUUUAUGA